UGGUGAUGGCGGAUCAUCUAAUGCUAUAGGCAACGGUGGCAUUGGAGGAAUGGGUGGAAGUGGCGGAGAGGGUGCUAAUGGAGGUGGGGAAGGUGGCGGCGGUAAUGGCGGACCGUCAAGAGGUAAUGGUGGUGAAGGAGGACCAGGAGGACCUGGUGGAGCUGGUGCUAUUGGUGGACGGGGAGGAAAUGGCGGUCCAGCACGGGUUGGCAAUGGUGGAAACGCUGGUAAUGGUGGCAUUUGCACAGAUGGUGGUACGGGGGGCGAUGGUGGAACAGGUGGUGAAGUGUUAGGAGUCGGAAAUGGCGGAACUGGUGGUCGUGGUGCCGAUGGAUGCCCUGGUGGGGAUGGUGGCAAUGGUGGUGAUGGAGGUGGAACCGUAAACGGAGUUGGUGGAAGAGGUGGAGAUGGAGGAACAGCUGGAACGGGUGGUACUGGAGGACGUGGAGGAAAUGGAGGUCUUGUAGUGAAUGGUACUGGUGGUGAUGGAGGUGAUGGUGGUGUGUGUAUCCUCGCUGGUGCUGGUGGUGCUGGUGGUGAUGGAGGACGUGUCUCUUCAAAUGGAAAUGGUGGAAAUGGUGGUCGUGGUGCUGAUGGAUGUCCUGGCCGUGAUGGUGGAAAUGGUGGUAAUGGAGGCUCAGGUGGUGCGCAGUCCGGUUCUGGUGGACACGGGGGAGACGGUGGAGCUGGUGGAAUAGGUGCAAAUGGUGGUCGAGGUGGCUCGGGUGGGCCUGGUGGUGACAGCGGUAGAGGUGGCGAUGGAGGUGAAGGAGGUGAUGGAGGUGAAGGAGGCAAUGGGGGUUCUGGUGGAAACGGUGGAGAUGGAGGAAAUGGUGGUCCGGGUGGCCGUGGAGGUGAUGGUGGAGAUGGAGUCAAUGGUGGUGUUGGAGGCCAAGGAGGAAGAGGUGGUGAUGGCGAAGACAACGAAGAUGGUGAAGAUGGACAAGACGCAGGAGAUGGUGGUGAUGGUGGGAAUGGAGGAACAGGUAUCAACGGUAUUGGUGGUGAUGGUGGUGGAGCUGGAAACGGUGGUAUUGGUGGUGAUGCUGAAGGUUCUUUCACCGGGGGUCGGGGUGGUACUGGUGGCCAAGGUGGAGUCGGUGGUGCCGCGAGCGGAGGUCGUACUGCUGGGAAUGGUGGACUUGGUGGCAAUGCUGGUAUGGGAGGCAAAGCCAUAGUUGGAACAGGAGGUGCCGGUAGUAAUGGUGGAAACGGUGGUGCUGGUGGACCUGGCUCUUCGGGGAGCGAAGGAGGUCGUGGAGGACAGGGAGGUGCUGGAUCAAGAGGAGGAUCGGGUGGGGCUGGGGCACCUGGUGGUGAGGGUGGUGCAGGUGGGAAUGGUGGCCAAUCGACUGGUGCUAAUGGUGGUGAUGGUGGUACAGGGGGCAUUGGUAAUAGGGCUGGAAUUGGAAGGACCGAAAGUAGUGGUGUCCAGGGAAAUGGUGGCCGUGGUGGGGCAGGGGGUGCAUCAAUCGGGGGAGAGAGAGCUGGUAAUGGUGGAAAUGGAGGUGAUGGUGCCACUCCUAUUGAUAUCAUGUCCGAUACCGAACGCCAGCCUAGUGGAAGAGGAGGGGAUGGUGGGAAUGGCGGACAGGGAUCUAAUGGUGCUGAUGGCGGUGACGGUGGUCAAGGAGGGGGCGGAGGUCAAGGAACUCGUAGUAGUGAUGUGUUUCCAGGAGGCACCGGAGGAGAUGGAGGAGAUGGUGGAAAUGGUCUUAAUGGAGGUAACGGCGGAAAUGGCGGUGAGGGCGGGCAAGCUGUGAGAAUGAUUGCUGGAGGGCCUGGUGGAGCAGGUGGUGAUGGCGGCGAUGCUAACACUGGUGAAGGCGGUAGAGGUGGCGACCAGGGGAAUGGCGGUAUUGGUGGAUUUGGGUCUCCAGUUGGUCCACCAGGUCAGAACGGUGAGAGAGGUAUGGAUGAUGCUUAACUCAGCGCUCAUGUCUUCCGUUUGCAUUACUCCCCCUGCUCCCCCCCCCCCCCGACCGCUUAGAAACUGCAUCUUCGCCUUGAUCCUAGAGGGUUGUGGCGCUACUACGGAUGCGGAAAACUCGGCUUCCAGCCAAGUCUGACGCGAACUGUGAAAUUUAACUUUAAUUUUCCUCCCACAAGUUUUCAGGAUCUGUAAGUGACGCUGUAAAUGCCGUGUAACAGCUUGAUUGCAGCGUAUUGUAUUGUAUGUAUUGUAUAUGUUUGUUUGAAUUCGCAAGUACACACGGGCUACAAGCCCAAUUCCAUGGAAGUAAAUGUGAUAAUGGAGUUAUGGAUAGGAGUGUAGCAAGGAGGAGGAAGGUUGCAAAGUAACAGGGAGGACACUUUAGGGGCAAAAUUAACAAUUGCACAAAGACGAAGGUAACUGAGAUCGAGGGUAGCUGUGCAGCGAUGAAAUCUGCGAAUACGCGUAGGAUGUAUUCACUGCAAUACCCAGGGUGAGGUUUUGGUUCAGUACAUUCAUUAUGAUUGUAGGGUGUGUGAUGGGCAUAUGUAAACUUAAUGGUGACCCAAAGACCCUCUUGCGAUCUCACCGGCGGCCAGGCCCAUUGCCCGCCAUCCUUCUGGCACCUCAACCCAUCUGCUGUACACUGCCUGUUGAGUGUGUGAUUGGCAUAUGAUUGGCAUGUGUAAACUUAAUGGUGUGUAUUUCUGAGGGUAUUUUUACCUAUUAGGAGUGCUGGUGAUGUUGGAUGUGCAGACUUCUCGGCAGCUGGUCAUAAGUUUUGCCCGCACACAAUUGCUAAUCUUCAACGUCCCAACUGCUCUGACCUAUCGACGUGUUGAGUAUGGAGUCAACAUCACUUAGAGCCUUCAUCCUUUCUUGCAUUCGUCCAUCCGCUAUGAUCAUUAAAAUAAUCGCGAUCUACUCCACGUUGGUAGACCUAUUCCCCACAGCACCCCUAGUCCUUGAGGAACUUAUGCAUUUGACUCUCCCCUCUCUGCCUUCCUCUGCUCCAAUCUCUCUUUGACUCUCUCCCCUCAGCCUCCCUCUGCUCCAAUCUCUCUUUGACUAUCUCUCCCUCUGCCUCCCUCUGUUUCAAUCUCUCUUUGACUUUCGCUCCCUCUCUCUGCCUCCCUCUGCUCCAAUCUGUCUCUGUCUACCAAUCUCUAUCUUUCUGAUUCUCUCUCUUUCUUCCUCCAUUUCACUAUCCCUCUCUUUCGUUAACGCUCUUUCCCCUUCUCUUGCGUUCUGUUCAUCCAUUCCCAUUCCAUUACACUCUUUAUAACUCCUACUCACUCUCUUCGUGUCCAUUGCUCUCCCUCUGUCCCUCCUCUCUACCUCUUGCGGCGUCUUUUUCCUAAUCUUCCUGUCUCUCUGUCAAUAUCCUUCUUUCUCUCAAACAACACAUACAACCCAGGGCCAUUCUCAAUCAUUCAUUUGAUUUCAUUUCUAAAGGUGCUGGCUGUGUGAAGUCAGUCUCUCGAUCUAUACGGGCUCAAUCGUAACCUCACUUGCCUUUCUCCGGCUCAAUCACACUUCCCCUUUUUAAGGCUGCCUCACUUUGUCACUCUAACUUACCCUUCGUCAGUCUCGUGCUUCUUCUCCAGCACCCCUCCACUACCACGCUCUCCCGCAAUCUCUACAUCCAUCUCUUCUCACUUCGUAGUUUUCUAAUGUCUACCUCUCUCCUCUCUAUCUAACUCUCUCUCUGUCUACACAGGAGAAAGUUUCAGCAAUACCCUGAAAAUUACUCGAUGCACAAAGUGCAGAGCAUUUCACACGUUUCAGUUUCA